GUGCUCUUGCUACGACUCAUUUUUCGAGUCCUAAGGCCACCAACAACCUUGUGCGCGCGCGUCUCUACUCCACGCGCAUAUCUGUUGUUUGGACCUGCCUUGAUAAUAAACCUCAGGAAGGAGGUUGCGCCAUUCGGUAGCUGCUAGCUCCUCCAUGAUCUUGCCCCUCGGGUAGACUUCUCCCGCAGGAACAUACACUCAGGUUGGCUCUGGUUUGGUGUGACCUUCAUUUGCCGUGGAGGCCAGGACGCCGAAGCGGAGUUGCGAUGCAGCGGGUGUUACUUCUGUUCUUGCUCUUGGUGGGACUCCGGUCAUGCGCCAGCCAGACCAACUCCCAAGAUGUUGCCGCACUACAAGCCCUGAUGAGGAAUUGGCAGGAUGAACCGCAAAGCUGGACAGGAUCGACCGAUCCGUGCACCUCCUGGGAUGGAAUUUCCUGUUCUAAUGGGAGAGUGACAGAAGUGAGGUUAUCAAGCAUGAAUAUUGGAGGCACAUUAAGCAACGCCAUAGACCAACUCUCUGCUUUGACUUAUCUGGAUCUGUCUAACAAUCCAAGUCUUGGAGGUCCACUUACUCCGAAUAUUGGAAAUCUGAAGCAGCUCACAACUCUGAUUUUAGUUGGAUGCAGCUUCACUGGUAACAUUCCACAAGAGAUAGGCAACUUAAGACAGCUAACAUUCCUGGCCCUAAACUCAAAUAAAUUCACUGGCAGCAUACCCCACGCACUUGGCUUUCUCACGGAUCUCUUUUGGUUGGAUUUGUCGGACAAUAAACUGUCAGGGCAAAUCCCAGUUUCAACAAAUUCAACCCCCGGGUUGGAUAAACUUGUCAAAGCAAACCAUUUCCAUUUUAGCGAGAACCAGUUGACAGGCCCAAUAAACAGCAGUCUUUUCAAUGCCAGUAUGAACCUCAUACAUGUGAUACUUGACAACAACAAAUUUAAUGGAUCAAUCCCGGAAUCUCUUGGACUUGUGAAAACGCUUCAAAUCAUCCGCCUAGACCAUAACCAAUUCAGUGGUCCUAUACCUAAAAGUAUAGGCAACCUGCCUAACCUGACGGAACUGAGCUUAGCAAGCAACCAACUGAACGGGACAGUGCCAGACCUCACCAAUGCAACUAAUCUCACUUAUGUGGACACAAGUAACAACAAUUUUGGACGUUCACCAGCACCACAAUGGCUUUCAACAUUGACGUCCCUGAACACCAUAUUUAUGGAAAACGACCAACUUAAUGGGACUAUUCCUAGCGCCCUUUUCAGCCUCCCCCAGAUGCAGCAAAUAUCACUAGCUAAGAAUGCUUUCACAGGGACACUUGAUAUGAGUGGUAUCAUCAGCUCACAACUGCGGGUUGUUAAUUUGACAAAUAAUCAAAUCGCUACGACUAGAGUUAACCCAAGCUACACCAAUAGCCUAAUAUUAACUGGGAAUCCUGCGUGCUACACCAAUAUCAGCUCGUGUACACUCCAGCAAAAGCAGCAAGUAUCAUACUCUACAAGCCUAGGAUCAUGUGGUGCCAUUUCAUGUCCAACUGACCACUUGGCAAAUCCAGCCCCUUCACAGAGCUGCGCUUGCACUAACCCCUUCCAGGGUUUGAUGAUCUUCCGAGCACCUGCCUUUUCUGACAUGACAAACCCCACGAUAUUCCAACUAUUGGAGUCAACGCUUGCGCAGAACGUUAGCCUGCCUCCAGGAUCAGUUGCGCUUUCUGAUAUCCAGUUCAGUCCAGGAGCUCCUCUGAUAUUCACAUUGAAGUUUUUUCCGGUCAGUGGAACAAACUUCAAUCGCUCCGAAGUUAUAAGAAUCAGCUCUACUUUGGUCAACCAAAUUUACAAAGCUCCACCUGCGUUUGGACCGUACAGCUUCAUAGCAAGCAAAUACUUUACAAGCCCAAGUGACAAAAAGUCCUCAACGCACAAAGGUGUAAUAGUCGGAAUAGCAGUUGCUGGUUUUGUCCUUAUUGCCGGCCUUGUUCUGGUUGCAAUAUAUGCUCUACGACAGAAGAAAUUGGCCAAGAAGGCAGUAGAGAGAACUACUAACCCGUUUGCAUCAUGGGGAGCAGGUGGUAAAGAUAACGGCGAUGUGCCACAACUGAAAGGAGCAAGAUAUUUUGUAUUUGAGGAACUGAAAAAGUGCACCAAUAAUUUCUCAGAAACCCACGAGAUAGGAUCUGGAGGAUAUGGGAAGGUUUACAAAGGAACAAUCGCAAAUGGGCAAAUGGCUGCAAUAAAACGAGCACAGCAAGGAUCCAUGCAAGGUGCAGCUGAGUUCAAGAAUGAGAUAGAACUACUGUCCAGGGUUCAUCACAAGAACCUCGUGAGCCUAGUUGGUUUCUGCUACGAACAAGGGGAGCAGAUGUUGGUUUAUGAGUAUAUUCCUAAUGGGACACUAAGGGAGAACCUGAUGGGUAAAGGAGGGAUGCACUUAGAUUGGAUGACGCGACUUAGGAUCGCCAUCGGGUCUGCUAAAGGUCUGGCAUACCUUCAUGAACUUGCUAAUCCACCAAUUAUCCACAGAGAUAUAAAAUCAACCAAUAUACUUUUGGAUGAAAGUCUAACUGCAAAGGUAGCUGACUUUGGUCUUUCAAAGCUAUUAUCUGACACACAAAAGGGCCACGUUUCUACCCAAGUGAAGGGAACACUGGGUUAUUUGGAUCCUGAGUACUACAUGACUCAACAGCUCUCUGAGAAGAGUGAUGUAUAUAGUUUCGGAGUUGUCAUGCUAGAACUAAUAACUUCCAGGCAGCCUAUAGAGAAAGGUAAGUACAUUGUGCGUGAGAUCAGGACUGCGCUAGAUCAGUAUGAUCAAGAGUACUAUGGCUUGAAGAGCCUAAUUGAUCCGGCAAUCAGGGAUUCAGCAAAAUUAGUUGGCUUCAGGAGAUUCCUGCAGUUGGCUAUGGAAUGUGUAGAAGAGUCUGGUGUUGACCGCCCGACAAUGAAUGAUGUGGUGAAGGAACUUGAGAUCAUUAUGCAGAAUGAAGGGGGACAGUUGUUGGACUCGGCAUAUUUAUCAACUGAACAUUUUGGAAAUGAAAUAAGUAGAGAUCCUCAGGAGGAACAUUUGCCUAUGAAAGAUGACAGCAGCAGCAGUGUUUUUGAUUACAACAGUGUAUAUUCCUACUCAGCUGUUGAACCAAAGUAGGUAUUAUGUCUUGGUUCUUGCUUGUAUCUACUCAUUGUAAUCGUUGCAUAGUCCAAGUGAGAAGGACACGAGACAUGUAUCGUACAAUUUUUAUUU